AUGGAGAUGAAGGAGGACUUCCUGAAGCCGCCCGAGAGGAUCUUUCAUAAGAUCUACAUCCAGCGUCAUGACAACGUCAGCACCACAGCCUUGGUUAUCUUCCAACCAGCUAGGGGACGUCCUCGUCCCCCUCCUCCAACCCUCCUCACCCCCCUCCCGCCCUCCAACUCCUCGACCGCCCUCCCCCUCCAACCCCUCAUGCCCCCCUCCCUCAACCUCCUCGUUUCCCUCCUCACAACCCCCCCCUUCCGCCCCCCCUCCUCCAACCCUCCCAGCCCCACUCUUCCAAGCCCUCCCUCGCCCCCCUCCUUCCACCCAAACCCUCCUCCGGCCCCCUCCAUCCCACACCCCCCUCGCCCCUAUGCCUCCCCAACCUCACCCUCGCCCUCCUCCUCACAAGCCCUCCCCACUCGCCCGCCCCUCCUUCCACCCUCCGCCCCCGUCCUACUACAACCCUCAUCGCCCCCUCCCCAUCCCCAACCCUCAUCGCCCCCGUCCUCAACCUCCUCAACCCCCUCCCUCGCAAACCCUCAUCGCCCCCUCCUCAACCUCCCCGCCCCCCUCCUCCAACCCUCCCCCUCCGCCCCUCUCCCCCCUCCAAUCCUCAAUCCGCCCCCUCUCCAACCCACCCGUCCCCCCCCCGCCCUCCUUCAACACUCCCUCGCCCUCCUGUCCUCCAACCUCCCUUGCCCCUCCCCCCAUCCCCUCCCUCGCCCCCAUCCCCCUCCACACCUCCCAUCACCCCCGCCCCCUCCUCCAACUCUUCACCCACCUCCUCCAACCCUGCAUGCCGCCCACCCUCAAACCCCUCUCUUGGCCCACCCUCCCAACCUCAUCCCGCCAACACCCAUCCAACCCGUCAAACCAGCCCACCUUCCCUCUAACCCCCUCUCCUCGCCCCCUCCCACCCUCUUCCACCCCUCUCCAACCCUCCCUCCGCCCCCUCCGCCCCUCCUCCCAACCCUCAUCCCACCCCAACUCUCCAACCCCUCAUCCGCUCCCCCCUCUCCAACCCUCUUUGCCAACCCUCCUCCACCCUACCCGCACCACCCCUCCUCCGCCCUACCCAACCUCCAUCGCCACCCUCCCCAACCCUCCCUUGCCCCCCUUCCUCCAACCCUGACCUCGCCCCCAUCCUCCUCCCAACCCUCUUCGCCCACCUCUCCAAUCCCUCGCCCCCUCUGCCAAGCCUCUUCUCACACCUCCUCAAACCCCUCUUUCCCGCCACCCCUCCAUCCAACCCCCCUCCGCCCCGUUCCCCUCCAAGCCUCCUCACCCACUCCUCCAACCCCUCCUCACGCCUCUUCCUCCAACCCUCACUCCCGCUCCCCCCCUCCUCCCAGAACCUCUUGCCCUCCCCCAACCCCCUCCGCCCCCCUCUCCAACCCCUCUUCACCACCUCCCUCACCCUCAUCGCCCCACCCUCAUCCGCCCCCCCUCUUCCAACCCUCUUUGCCCACCUCCUCCUAA